UUUGAUGUAGUUUCCUUAGAGAUUUUAGUUUUAUUUCGCUUUCAUAACUCACACAUUUUUAUAAACCAAUUUUUCGAGAAUACAUCAUGGCUUUAGAGGCUAUUUGCGGUAUGAAUCGUAUGCCUUUCAUGCGGCGCUUUGACGAUUUGCAAUCCGAAUGGCAACAGCAGCAACUUCGUGAGGCAACCAGUAACUUUGAGAAUCCUUACGCCAUUAUGGCGCCGCCCUUUGAAAGACCAGCGGAGAAUCUGCCGAAAAUCCUGGCCCAUUGUGGAGUGCGGAUGGAAUUCGAUCACGGCACCACAACUUUGGGCUUUAAAUACCAGGGAGGAGUGAUUCUGUGUGCCGAUUCGAGAGCCACAUCUGGCCAGUAUAUUGGCUCCCAGACGAUGAAGAAAAUAGUGGAGCUGAACGACUAUAUGCUGGGCACUUUGGCAGGUGGAGCUGCCGACUGUGUCUACUGGGAUCGAGUUUUGGCCAAGGAGUGCAGACUGCACAAACUUCGCUAUCGGAAACGCAUGACUGUGGAUACGGCUGCCCGGAUUAUUUGCAACAUCUCCACGGAGUACAAGGGUAUGGGUCUGGUGAUGGGAAUGAUGUUGGCCGGGUUUGAUGACGAGGGUCCCAAGCUAAUCUACGUGGACUCGGAGGGCAUGAGGUCACAUGGUCAGGUCUUCUCCGUGGGCAGUGGUUCUCCAUAUGCUCUUGGGGUGCUGGACACUGGCUACCGUCAUGAUCUCAGCGAUCAGGACGCCUAUGAUUUGGCCAGACGAGCGAUUUAUCAUGCCACCAGUAAAGAUGCAUAUUCGGGAGGCAUUGUUCGUCUGUACCACAUCAAUUCCGAGGGCUGGCGAAACAUCUCUAAUACUGAUUGUGCUGAACUCCAUGAUUCGUAUUGUGGAUGCCCUCUACAGAAAAAUAAAGAUAGCCAGGACAGGCCUGAUAAAGAGAUGCCCUGCUCCAGUGGAUGGACGAAAAAAAAACUAACAGAAGAUAAUGUCCAGACCAAAUUAGCAGCGGUGUAAAUAUUGCAAACAUUCAAAUAUUAGUAAUGUUGAGAAGAAUUUAAGCUGAAAUUGUAAAGUAGUAAUAACCCUUUAGAUUGUGAAUGUACCAAAUUUAUACGUGAAAUUGUAUCACAUAAUUAUUGCAAUUUAACCUUGUUUAUAUAAAUUAAAUUUCUUACCUUUUGAAAAUCA